GAGGUCGACAACACGAGUCCAUUGUAACCGUCAGGAACCGGCCUCAAAGAGUGAAAAGGUAUAACGUUUCUUGAGCUGUUGAAGUAUUUAUGGAGAGUGUCGCCUUUACCACCAACAGGCACACUUCGAGAAGGACUGAAAUUUCAUGCUGGGUCCCAAUUUUCUCGGCUCGCCAAACCGUGGACAUAAAUGCAUAGACCAGAGAAGACGCCUCCAACUUCCAAUGUGAUGCAUCUGCACGAGAGGAAAAUUACUCGACUAAGAUGGGUAAUAAGCAAACGAUAUUUACUGAUGAACAGCUAGACGCCUAUCAGGACUGCACUUUCUUCACCCGAAAGGAAAUCCUUCGCUUGCAUGGAAGAUACCACGAGUUGGCUCCACAUUUGGUUCCUAUGGACUACACCAACGAUCCUGAUGUUAAAGUCCCUUUAGCUCUCAUAGUCAACAUGCCAGAACUGAAGGAGAACCCAUUCAGGGAUCGGAUUGUGGAAUCGUUCUCCGAAGAUGGCCAGGGGAACCUCAGCUUCAACGACUUUGUGGACAUGUUUUCAGUUCUCAGUGAAACGGCCCCAAGAGAACUCAAAGCCAUUUAUGCUUUUAAAAUAUACGACUUUAACGUGGAUAAUUACAUUUGCAAGGAAGACUUAGAAAAGACUUUGAACAAGUUGACAAAGGAGGAGCUGACACCUGAAGAGGUUAUUCUGGUGUGUGAGAAGGCCAUCGAGGAGGCCGAUCUGGAUGGAGACAACAAGCUCUCCUUUGCUGACUUUGAGAAUAUGAUCUCCAGGGCUCCUGACUUUUUAAGCACCUUCCAUAUACGAAUCUAAAUGGCUUCAAUGGAAGACACUCAUCCAGAGGUUCCUAGGCUGAUCCAGGACUUGAAUCCACCUUGAACAGACAUGUCCACAUCGGAGGAUAAAUGUCUACAAUAGUUUUCCUUUCAUUUUUGCACUGGAAGCACACUUGACAUUGAGGAUUAAUGACAAGUGCAUGGUUUUUUCGCCAGUGGAAAACUUGAAACAUUGGUUCAGAAAUCCCUUUGUGUUUACCGAGAGAGGAAACUGGAUGGCGAGAUCUUUUGUGGAUUUGACCUGGUUGUGGACUACAACCACUCAUUUGGGCUCCUACAAAUGUUCUCCUUGGUCUUCCAAUGUCUGCGGCACAUUGGAAACAAUUUUGACUCACUCUCCUAAUUCUAAUGACUCAUCUUUGGGAUCAAGUAAAUCAUUGGACAUUGUCUAUCCCAAAAGAGACAGUGGACAAGCAGAAAAUGAAAGAGAGAGUAAGUGAGAGGGCUAAAAAGCACAGCACUGGCAUCAAUGUCACUGAGACAGUGUUUUCUACAGCUAUGCAAUCUUUCUCCAUAAAAUGCAUGAAUUAGAUUAUAUUUCCCUCCUUUUCCGUUCCCUAAUGUCCCUACAGCUUUGCCAUUUCAAAGCUAUCUAAUUGCUUAUAGAACUGGAGCAUGACGACAAUCAUAUCUCAAUGUACUCCAGUUGAAUGAAGGGCUCUAUCAUCAUAUAUUUCUCUCAUUGUCUUAUACACUGUCAUUCGUCCCUCAUGUAUUUGUUCUGCUUGCGAUUCCUGUAUCCCUUCUGUCCUUACUUGAGGUUUUAGUGUCAAUCUGUCUCUUACCUUUGACUUUUUUCAGUAUUUGAUGUGAUA